AUGGACGCCUUAGUGGAACACGAGGUCCUGAAGGACUGCUUCCCGUCUCUCGGGUCCCAAUUCACUUUGCAGGGCGAGCUACACGUCGAGUUCGGCCCCGGCAACGUCGUCGCCAUGGGCAACGAAUUGACCCCCACUGAAGCGAAGACGGCCCCAUUGCACGUCAUCUACACGCCCAACGAGGACCUUGACACCGGUGCCAGUUACUGCCUCGUCGUGACGGACCCGGACGCACCCAGCAGAAGCGACCCAAGACUGUCUGAGAUCUGCCACGCGGUGCAAACGGGCAUCCGGUUUACGUCCCCACAAGGUGGUGCCAUUACAGGUGGUGACCACGUCCUGCCUUACAUUGGGCCCGGUCCACCAAAGGGUACAGGGCUGCACCGGUACGUGUUCCUGUUGUUCAAGGAACUUAAAACAGACCAUACGCAGUUCACGAGCAUCGCUGAUAGGUACUACUGGGGCUACGGAGAGAAAUGCCGCGGUGCUGAGAGGUGGGCAGCGGAGAACAACCUCGAGUUGCUCUCUGUCAACUUCUUCCAGUCGCAGAACGAGUCCAAUUAA